UUAGCUACUUGGAUAGUAAUAGCCUAAAUUACAUUUAUUAUGACAAGGAUCUCUAUCUUUACCAUGUCAUACUGAGUUCAGUCAAUGGAACUUACGACGUAGAUUGUUGGGGUUAAAACUUCAGUUUAAUUAGUCCCUGUUCUAUCAUGAGAAGAUCGUGAUGAUUCACGGUAAAGAUGGAUACGAAAAAAGGGGGAGGGGAAAAGGAGAAAUUGAGGGGAAAUUUUACCUAUAAAAGGUGACCCUUUACCUCUUCCUUCAUCACUUGGUCUCUUGCUAUCAUAUGAAAAUGGCCGGUAGCACCCUGAAGCUGUUUCUUUGUUUCGCUGUUGUCUUCCUCUUGUUCCAUGUGUUUGCAGAAGCAUCUUUGGAUCAUGGCAUGGAAGUCCAAGAUGAUGAUAAAGUGGUGACUGCAGACAAAAUGCACCAUCGCCGUCCCAAGAUAAAUUGCAGCUUUGCGUGCGCGAGGAGAUGCAGGAAAUCAUCGAGGAAGAACGUUUGCCACCGUGCAUGUGGCACGUGCUGUUUGAGGUGCCACUGUGUUCCUGCAGGGACUUACGGCAAUAAGAACUCUUGCCCUUGCUAUGCUAGACUCAGGACCCACGGCAAAAGACCCAAAUGCCCCUGAAAAAUGUCCGAUGAUUAAUGCAGAAUAAAUGGACUAGAUUCAUAUUUACUUUGGUUUAUUUAGCUUAGGUUCUAUGUAGAUUGAAUAAUUGGUUUGCGGUGUAAUAAGGGUCCCUGUGAUCCUACUACUUGGCGAUAUUGUCUCCUCGUGAUGUUAUCGGAUUUGUACUGUGUUAUAUAUGACAAAGCGGUACAUAAGCAAUUACCGUGUAAAAAAAAGUUAUUAUAAGAAGAGGAAGAAAAGACUUGUGAUA